CCAACAAGUCAUCGGACCUGUCAAUCAUCCGGUCGGCGCCCUUUGAUGUCGGGACUCCUCGCCUUGUCUUGGGCUCAAAUGAGCUGUUUGCUGUUGUAGGGAAACAUUAGUCUUCUACCAACCAAGCAGCCGGAGGACGCCACAUCUCAACUUUUUUUUUUUUUUUUUUUUGUAACUGUACGCACAGGGGCUUUUGGAGGCGCCCCAGACUGAGGACAUUUCCCCUUCUUUAUUUAUACUUUUUUUUUUUUGUUGUGAUACUUUUUUUUUUUUUUUUUUUUUUUUUUUUUACUUUUUGUUUUGUGAAGAAAGUAAAGUGGUGGUAUAAACGUCCGUCGCAGGGGAGGGAAGUAGACAUGCCUCAGCUCAGCAGCGGCGGCGGGGACGACCUGGGAGCGAAUGAUGAGAUGAUAUCGUUCAAAGACGAAGGGGAGCAAGAGGAGAAAAUCCAAGAAAACGCGUUCACGGAGAGAGACCUGGCCGACCUCAAGUCCUCCCUGGUGAACGAGUCGGAAAUAAAUCAGAGUCCGAACGCGGCGGCGGUCAGACGGGGACAGCAGGGCGAGCAGAGGGGCUUCCCGGACAAACACCGGGAGCAUCUCGACGGUGUGUCGAAGCAACAAGAUGGAGGCAUGUACAAGUCACCGACGUACCCUGGCUAUCCGUUCCUGAUGCUGCCAGACCCCUACCUACCCAACAGCUCCGUUUCUCCAUCUUCCAACAAAGUCUCGGUGGUGCAGCAGUCUCACGGGAUGCACCCGCUGACGUCCCUCCUGCCGUACAGCAACGACCACUUCAGCCCGAGUCCUCCGCACCUGCCCACAGACAUGAGCCAGAAGACAGGCGUUCACAGGCACCAGUCCCAGGACCUCUCGGGGUAUUACUCCCUCCCUCCGGGCGGCGUCGGCCAGAUCACUCCCUCCAUGAGCUGGCAGAGCCAGCCAGUCUACCCUGGCCUGUCCCCCUGUGGAUUCAGGCAGACCUACUCCUCCAAUCUCCCCAGCGCCUCGUCCUACUCCAGGUUCCCUCACUCUCUGAUGCUGGGCCCGUCUGGCAUGCAUCCUACAGGGAUCCCCCACCCGGCCAUAGUGCCCCCUUCAGGCAAACAGGAACACGACCAGUAUGACAGGAUGUAUGUGAAGCCGCAAGUGGAGGCCAAGCGCGAGAAGGAGCCCAAGAAGCCGGUCAUCAAGAAGCCCCUGAACGCCUUCAUGCUCUACAUGAAGGAGAUGAGGGCGAAGGUCAUCGCCGAGUGCACGUUAAAGGAGAGCGCCGCCAUCAAUCAGAUCCUGGGACGAAGGUGGCACGCGCUGACCCGGGAGGAGCAGGCCAAGUACUACGAGUUGGCCAGAAAGGAAAGACAACUGCACAUGCAGCUCUACCCGACCUGGUCUGCUAGAGACAACUACGAGGCGGGCCUUAGCGGGGUCGCAGGGGAAAAGAGUAAAGCUGAUUGGGGCAAGAAGAAGAGAAGAAAAAGGGAGAAGCAGCAGGACUCCAACACAGACCCGGGCUCUCCUAAGAAAUGCCGGGCUCGCUUCGGCCUCAACCAACAAACGGACUGGUGCGGCCCCUGCAGGAGGAAAAAGAAGUGCAUUCGCUACCUUCAAGGAGGAGGCUGCCCCAGCCCAACUUCUUCAGAUUUAAGUGCUAUAGACUCUCCCCCCUCCCCUUCUCCCGCCCGCCACCGGCUCUACCAGCACCACCACCACCAGCGCCCCCCGUCCCCGGGCUGCUCCCCCCCGCCACCUCCGCCCGCCUCCCCCCCGCCACCGCGCUUCCCCCUGUCUUCUCCGCCGACGCACCCGCGCCCCCACGGCCACGCCCGCCCGCCCCCGGAGCAGCGCGGCGGCGGCGGCGGCGUCAGCGGCGUCAGCGGCGUCGUCCUCCUCCGUCAGCCCGCGGCCAAACACGCACACCUGGAACUGUCCGGCAAGCACGCGCUGGGCUCGGCCGCCAGGGCCGCAGGACUGUCACUCAAAGUGCUGACAGAGACUCAGUGAGCGCGUCUCCAGAACCGAACCGAACCGAACCGAACCGAACCGAAACCGACCCCGCUCACCUCAGCUUCUCCAGAGCCAUAAAGAUCACCCGCCGUCACCCUCACUCUUUGCUUUUAAAGAAGAGUUGAACGCAUCCCACUGUCGCACCUCCAGACUCUUUUUUUUUUUUUCAACCAUUCGCAGGCCUUCAAACUGUUUAGAUUUAAAAAAAAAAAAAAACAAAAACAAACAAAAAAAUGCCACAUUUUCCUUCUCCUUUCCACGUCACAGCUGUUACUGUAAGAUAUUAUCCAUGAGUCACCCCCCCACAGCCUCCGUAUUAAAGAGGGAUCAGUUUACUUCUGUUUAGCUGCCAUCUGACAAACUGCCUGACUUCCAUUUUUUAUUUUUAUUUUUUUUAAAGCUUUUUCAUCAUGAUAACAGACCAGCAAAUAAAAAUACAAAACACAAUCCCCAACAUUGAGUUACAUCCUUCUCCUUGGCACUUUCAGGCUGUCAGUCUUUUUUUUUUUUGGCUGUUUUUUAUUGUGUUUCCACCAUUUCUGGUAUUUUCCUACGAAUCUCGUGUGAUAUUUGAGGUCAGAUGUUUCUAUUUGUGUUUCCCCUUCGACUGAGUGAACUUCGCAGCUCCGCAAACUAAUCUGAGACCAAAUGGGUACUAUUAUAUUGCAUUGUGUUGUAAAGUUUUAUAUUAUAAUUAAACUUUUAUAUGUUUUUAUGUAAGAAGGAAAAAAAAAAGGCGAUAUAACUAAGGGAAAAAAAAAGAUCUUUUUAGUUUCUACCAUUUCUUAAAAGCAAUACAUUCUGUGUUUGUCCUCUUGUGCAUAGCUUUACUUUUUUGGGGGGGUCAAAUGUUACUGAGGCAGCGUUUCAAACUAUAUCUUGUGUUCUCAACCUGUGCAUGUUCCAACUUUUAAUGUAACGAGACAUUUUGAGUAAAAAAAAAAAAAAGGCCUUAAUUUUCUUUCGUUUCUGUUGGCAGCUUCUAACGCGGCUCAUUACUCUGAGCUUCUGUACAGCUAGUUCCGUUUUCCUCCAGCAGAGAGCGCUCUCCUGCUACAAAUAGCUUGUUUUAUUUCGAGGGUGUUCAGGUCAGCAGCGGAAACACCUCUUAGACGUCUUUCGUAUGUUUUCCUUUUCUUUUUUUUUUUUUUUUUUUUAAAAAACGCCUCCGAUGUAUCCCUUGUGUUUUUUGUUUGAUGUAAUAAAAGUGUUUUCAAUAUCUCGCCUGUGCCUGUUGCAGUUUUAAGACCAGACUAAGGGUUUAAAAUCCAGCAUAAAAAAAAAGAGACUCCUUCCAUUUAAUAUGUUUUAUUUACUCCUUCAGCACGAUUCAUCAUCCCAAAAACCAGCAUCCAAGCUCAUCUGGAAAAGUUUCCAAUUCAAUACAACAUGAAUUAGGAAUGAGUUACCCUACACUGUGCGAAAACACACAAGUACUUCGAGUCCAAGGGACAUUAUGCAAAACAAAACGACAUCUUUUUCACCUCAAACUUUUCCUUUUUAAACACCGUCUCUUUGAACAUGAUUUCACAAAAACAGAUGCAUUUACAAGGCAAAAAAAUAAAAUAUUCACCCUUGCAAUU